AGGCCCGCCGGAGGGGGACGCGGAGGGCUGCCUCCUGGUAGAGGCUGGAAAGCAGGGAGGCUUCAGCGCCCUCUUCCCCACGAAAACAAGCCCCGUGGGGUUGGGUGUGCGCCCCUAUGCGCCACCCCGCUAUGACAUGGCGGCCAGGGGAGGGGCGGCGGCGGAGGCGCGGGGGGACCCGCCAGAGGACGGGCCCCGCUGCCCGGCGCGGCAUGGUGCGGCCCGGCACUCGCCCCGGACGGUCGAUGGGGGUGCUGGUGCUUCUCUGCUGCCUGCUGCGGGCGGGCAGCGCCGCCCUCGUGGGGCCUGCGGGCACCCGGCUUGGGGCGGAGGGCGGCGGCGGUCCGGGCCGCCGGCCGUGGGACGGAGGCGGCCGGCAGAAAGAAGAGGCGGCGGCGGCGGCGGCUCUCCGGGAAAGUGCUAAAAGAAUUAUAUUACUGAAUUCAUCAUCAAAAGAUAAUAUGACUGCUUUCUAUGGAAUAAAUCAGUUUUCUCACCUGUUCCCUGAAGAGUUCAAAGCUAUUUACUUAAGAAGCAUACCUCACAAACUUCCCAGAUAUGUAAAAGUGCCAAAGGGAAAAGAAAAACCUUUGCCAAAGAAGUUUGACUGGAGGGACAAGAAAGUCAUUGCAGAAGUGAGAAAUCAGCAAACAUGUGGAGGCUGCUGGGCUUUCAGCAUUGUGGGUGGUAUAGAGUCUGCCUAUGCAAUUAAAGGAAAUAACCUGGAGGAACUCAGCGUACAGCAGGUUAUUGACUGUUCAUACAAUAAUUACGGCUGCAGCGGGGGAUCCACUGUUAGUGCUUUGAGCUGGCUGAACCAGACAAAAGUAAAACUUGUGAGAGAUUCAGAAUAUGCUUUUAAAGCCCAGACAGGACUGUGCCAUUACUUUCGUAGCUCAGAUUUUGGAGUUUCAAUAACAGGAUUUGCUGCAUAUGACUUCAGCGGUCAGGAAGAAGAAAUGAUGCGGAUGCUUGUUAACCGGGGCCCUUUGGCAGUAACAGUAGAUGCAGUUAGCUGGCAGGAUUAUCUUGGUGGGAUCAUACAGUACCACUGCUCCAGCGGAAGAGCAAAUCACGCUGUUCUAAUCACUGGUUUUGACAGAACAGGUGUGUUUCCAUCAACUGAACUUCAACCCAGUAGUAUCCCUUACUGGAUUGUACAGAACUCUUGGGGGUCUACAUGGGGAAUAGAUGGCUACGUUCGUGUUAAGAUAGGCGGCAAUGUCUGUGGUAUAGCAGACACAGUUUCAUCAGUAUUUGUUUGACACUUACUGGCCAAGGACCACAACUAUCAUUUGGAUAAUAGUUUGGCACACACUUUAUGUGAAGAUUUACUUCAAAGCAACAUUUCCUGAAAUAAGAAAUGACUGAGGGCAAUUCCUGCUUUUAGGCAGUACAGGAAUGGGUUGUCUGGAAUUUUUUUAAGUGGUUUUAUUUGGAAUGUGUGUUGCCUAUCAGAUCUCUCGUUGAAGAAGAAGACUUGGAAUCAACUGCUGAGUAUGCAAAAAGAAGUUACAAAGAUGGACUGAAGCUGUGAAUGUGAACUCUAUGCAGGUGUCGAAUACUACUCCAUUAAAAAAUCUUCCAAGGAAAGAAGUGAUGAAAAAUUGUAAGGAAUUUGGAUCAGAUAUUCAAUAGUAUGACAGAAUAUAAUCUAAAUGCUUUGAUUGUCAGAAGAACCAUGAUUAGGUCUGCUUUUAUUGGGCAGGGUAGAAGGGCAGUUGGAAGAAAAUAUUCUCUCUUUUUGCUUUGAUACCUGUCUUGGCUUUUCUAGCACCUCUGACAGACACACAUAUUUUGUCUUCCUCCUUUUGUGAAAUCCUACUGUUUCUCCACGGCUAGAAUAAUAGAAGAGGCAAAUGGAGAGUCAAAGUUGUUUCCUGAGAACCUGCUGUCUCUGAAGUGCUGCAGUCCUUCAGUUUCGGUCUUCAGACCUUUAUUGCAUAAAUACAACAUCAGAGCAUUUCAGAGCAGUGAGUGUGUUUUGGAAAGAGCCUGGAAUAUCAGUCUUCUGGAAUAAUUUGUUAGGUGGAUAGAAGAGUAAGAAGUAACUGUAUUUAGACAAACAGAGACAGUUCUAGUGGUUUAACAUCCUGUGUCCUGGCAGGAUGUAUGUGUUUGCAAAUCAGCCUUUCUGUGCUUUGAGAGCUGUGUCAGUCCCAGGCCUUCUUCUCUACUUCACAACUGACAGUGAAGCCAGUUGCAAACAAACUUAUUAGAGAAAAAAUUGUGAGGGUGGGGUUUGUUAAUAUAUAUGUAUUCUACGUUUAGAAAGUCAGUGAUUACAGAAUGCUCCUAAUAUAGCCGAUGUUAAAUUUCCCUACAUUAAUUGAAUUCAUAGGUGGGACUUGCUGUGAAUCAAAAGGUGGUUCCAGCUUUGCCGACCUAUAAAACUGCACUUGCAGGCAAACCUGACUGGAAUUCACAACCAACCAGGCCAUUCUGAAAUGCUCUGAAUCUUGCAUCGCGAAUGCUUUAGCUGUUAUCUUUUAUGAAGCACUACCAUGAAAAGUAGUGAAGCAGUUCUGUAAUUUUUGCACUCAAUUACUGUACCAUGUUAAUAGAGCAGUGUGUUAUUAUCUUUUUAUGACAAGUGCAAUCAUAAUUGUCUAUUGUAAGUACUGUCAUUUUAGUCCUAAGUGUUAAUAUUUCAAAUGAAAGGGAGACCAAGUACUGCAUUUCACUCUUUUAGGUUCUGCUACUUACUGAAUUUACUGGCUGAAAACUUGAGAUUAACAGAAGGGGAAGUCUUCUGUAGCCUUGUGGCCUUCUGUAGUAUGGCCUUCCCUUAGCAGUUUGCAAAAACCAAGCAGCGCACUUUCAUAACUGGAAAAACAAUAGCCAGAGUUUCUAACUGGCAUUGAUAAGGGGAAUGUUGAUACUGCUGUAACACACACAGUCAUUCCACCGGUGUUUUUGAGGUGGUACUACCAGUACCUAAAGCGCUAAGAUACGGAGCAACUCAGCAGAACUUAGGGCCUACAGCGUAUGUGUAUUUCCAAGGGAAGCGCUUAAAAAGACAAGAGUCCAUCUAAUGAGAAGACAACACAGCUCUGUCAAUAUUCUACAGCUAAAUUUGCAUUACUUUUAUUACAUAUCAAUUUUAUCUUUAUUUCAGUGAUAUUUUGAAUAAAAACCACUUUAAAUGCC